AUGCUUGGACGAAAACCAACAAAGCAAAAGAAGGCACACUACACCCCAUCUACUACCAGAAAGGACGACAUAUACGAGGCCGACGACAAUGCAAAGGACGAGACCAAGAUAAUUGGAUCGGCAUCAAACGGUAGACUCGAUGAUGUAGAGACAUACGAGUUAGACGAUGACGCCGUCAUUGCUGACGAGGACGAUGAAGAGAUUGAUGAAUCGGAUGCGUUUGAUGAGGACGAUGAGGUUAAAUAUGGUGAAUUCUUUACGGCAAAGACCAGUAGUGACAAGACGAAGAAGACUGCUACCACUACCCGCACUACUUAUGCUAAUGGUAAAACAUCAUCCGCAGGCUAUAAGCCAUUAGAUCUGAAUGAAGAUUCAGAUGCUGAUGAGCCGGAAGACGACCAAGACGACGAAGAAGAGUAUAGUGAUGGUAGUGACAUGAUGGACUUGUCUGAGCUACUCAAUGACAAGCCUACUAUAAAUAAAAGGAAUUCUACCACCAGUAAUCCCAUACAAGAACUGUUACUACCUGAAGAUGAUGAUGCUAGUGAUAUAGAAGACGACGAUGAAGAUAUAAGUGCUAUGAGUGACGACGACGAAGAGGAAGAAGCCAGUGCUGACGAAGACGCCAAUAUCAACAUGAUGGACUUGGUAUCUUCUUUAACUCCCGCCAAAUGUCAACUCGUCGACCAAGAUGCCACGUCAACACGUAAACGUCGUCAUCGGACAGCCGUAAUCACUGAAACAUUCCCUGAAUCCGAAUUCAAUCUUCGUAACAAGAAGUCAUCCGAUAGAAAUAAUUCUAAUAGCAAUAGUAAUGGAAUCGAAUUAGCAGACCUCCUAGCCCCCUUAAAAGACACCACAGAAUUCUCUGCCCUAAAAAAAAGUAUAUCAUCAUUCGAAUCAGACUCUAAAUACUCUCAGCCAUUUGCUGCCCCGCUCCCGAAACGAUUGCAGGAUAAACAGACUAGACAGGCUGCUUAUGGUGCAGCCAAGAAGGAAGUAUCGAAAUGGUCUUCGACUGUGCUUGCAAACCAGCUAGCUGAUACAUUAUCGUUCCCGCUGAAUGAAAGCUCGUCGGCGGUGCUGACUAGUAAUGCGUUGUCUGCUAAAUUCGAGCCCGGAAAUGAGUUUGAGAAGGAAGUGUUUGGGAUAUUAGAGGCCUCGGAUAUGACUGAGAGGAAGAUGGGAGAGUUUGAAGAGUUGGCUAUGCAGAAGGUUUCUAUGGAUGAGGUCAUAAAACGCAGAGAAGAACUCUCAAAAAUGCGCUCCCUCCUCUUCUUUCACGAACAAAAACAAAAAAAAAUUGCUAAAAUCAAAUCAAAGACAUAUCGUAAAAUACGUAAAAAGGAGUCUCUCGCGCGUAGUGCUGCUGCCCAAGAAUCAUUAUCAGUACAAGAUUUAAUGAAACUAGAUCCUGAACUGGCUCGUCAAAAGGUCGCAGAGCAGGAAUUAGCUAGGAUACAGGAGAGGAUGUCGCUGAGACACAAGAACUCGGGUAAAUGGGCCAAGAGUAUGAUUGGAAGGAGAGAUGCUGAUCCAGAGACUCGUCAAGCACUAAUGGACCAGCUGCAACAACACGACGCUCUAAAGCGUAAAAUGUCUGGUCUCGAUUCCGACGAAUCCUCUUCCGACGACGAAGACGAUAUCGAAGCCAACAAGAUACUCGACGAUGAAUCCCACGAUACAUCCCUCCGCAAAUCAGCAAUCACAUCCCUCAACCACCUCUCCCAAGAAAUCAAUAACGAAGCACCAAAAAAAGGUGUCUAUGGAAUGAAAUUUAUGCAAAAGGCGUUUGCGAAACAGCAGGAAGAGGCUGUAAGGGAUGUACAAGAUGCUGUUGAAGAGAUGGAGCUCGAGGAGGAAGUUAGGAGGGCUGAAGUUGAGGGGCGGGAUGUUGAUGAGUUGCUAUUAAAGAGGAAGAGUAGUAGAGAGAAGAAGGAUGAGGAGAGUAAGAAGAGUAGUAGUGGGAGAGUCAUAUAUGGGGCUGAUUUGCCAGGUCGUGGGAAGAAAAGACUUGAUGAGAGGAUUGAGGAGGAUAGCAGUGAUAGUGAUGAUGAGGAUGGACAUGGCAAACCUGGGAUGAAGCUAGGACGAGGUGGCUUGGCACUCAAGGCAUCAAUGUCAUCUGGAUUUUCAUCACGAGUAUCAGGAUCCAUAUCCAUUCCCAUGCCACAAAGGCUAAACUCAAAUGUCGAACAAGUUCCUGCUUUGAAACCUAUCUUUCAAGUUGAAGCUUUCACAGAUGAUGCUCCUGUACAGUCCAUACCACCACCACCAACUAAAUCCCGCUCUGCAUCUCCUCCUCAAGCCAAACAACCAGACCUUGACGAUCUCAUAACAAUAGACAAACUCCCAUCUGUCGUAUCGCACAAAAUCCAACACCAGCCUACAUUCACAGAAAAACAACCACAACAAAAUCCAUGGCUCGCAUCAUCGUCAACAGUACCACUCCAGAAAUCACUUAAAAUAUCACAUACGCCACAAUCUAAAACCGAUAAGGCAUUGACUAAAUUAUCUGUUGCUCGUAAAGACAUUAAGAGUAAAGGUGGAGCCAAGGAAGACGACAAUGAAGUGAGGAUUGAUAUGACUGGUGUGAAUGCUAUGCAACUUAGUAUGGCUGGCGGUGAUAGGAAGAGGAAGGAUGAGCCUGUUGUUGAUGGAUUGGAGAACAAACAAAAGAAGCUGAAAAAAGAUGAAGCUGCCGAUUUGCAAGAAGAUGAUGCAGUUGAAUUGGAAGACUCAAUGAUUCACGUUUCAGAUGUGAAUGAAUUGACUAGAAAGGAUAUUAUGCAGAUGGCUUUUGCUGAUGAUCAUGUUGUUGAGGAAUUCGAAGAAGAAAAGAGACUAGCGCAAGAUGAAGAUGCUCCUAAAGAAGUUGAUUUGACUCUUCCUGGAUGGGGCUCAUGGGGGGGCACAGGCCUCGCACCUCCGACAAAGAAAGUCAUCGCCAAACCCAAACCACACGAAGGAGUUGAAAUCAACAAGCGCAAGGACGCUAAAUUGCAACAUGUUAUUAUUAAUGAGAGACGAGUCAAGAAGGCAGCGAAAUUCAUGCUCCCGCAACUCCCCUACAACUUUGACAAUGCACAGCAGUACGAGCAUACCCUACGGAUGCCUAUUGGUGGUGAAUGGAAUGCACCAUCUGUGCAUUUGAGUAAUAUACAGCCUCGUAUUACGACCAAGCUUGGUGCUGUUAUCAAGCCGCCCAAGCUGCCCAAGAGGAAGGGUGGGGGUGUGAGGAAGGCUGUUGCUUGA